AUGGCUCUAUUCGCUCGCUCCGCACGCCAUGCGCUCUUCGAAUCGAGAACGCUAAUCCAACCGACGAUCCGCCGCGCAGGCAUAACAACCGUAUCGCACAACCUCGACACAUCGAAUACGCCCGAGCCGCUCAUCCAAUCCGGCCACCGCAUAUCAGACGAAGCCAAAGAGCGCGCUCAAACACCACAGCCUCUCCCCAAAGACGCCCCAGCGCCCGCUUCCACAAACGACAUCAAAGCCUCACCAAACGCUCGCUCAGACAUCCUCUCGCAAACCCUCACACCCUCCAUCCGCAAGCUCCUUCCCCUCCUACAAUCGCAGCCAGCACACUACAUAACCGCACAUCUACAUGGCCGCCCAUACCUCCUCACUCGCGGAGACACGCUUCGCCUCCCCUUCCAAAUGCCACAUGUACGACCAGGCGAUGUUCUGCGUCUGAACCGCGCUACACACAUUGGAUCGCGCGACUACACGUUAAAAGCCCCAGAGCCCGUUAAGGGAAAUGCGGAUCGUGGGAAGAAGGUGUUUUAUCUGGACGAGCGGUUAUUCACAUGCAGAGCGCGGGUUGUGGGUGUGGAGACUGAGCCGUUGAGGGUGGAAGAGAAGACUAAAAGGAGACGGAGACAUGUCAAGCAUGUUAUGAGCAAACAGUACUUCACAGUCUUGAAGAUAAGUGAUUUGGAAGUUAAGAGUCUGGAGGAGUAUGAGGCUGUGUUGGGCCAAGAGGGUAAGGAGAGUGUACAAUAG